CGUGAUGACGCAGGAGUCUAAACAGGAAGUCUGAAGAGAGCACGCUUCAUUUUUUCCCCACAUGAUCACACGAUACAGCUGCCGUCAUCAGUAACACAAACAUACAUGCCGGAGGACUGAGUGUGCAUGAUGGCAGCAGGCAGGCUGAGCUUCAGUAACAUCACCGCCCUGGCUCCCAUGGUCCGGGUGGGGACUCUGCCCAUGAGGCUGCUGGCUCUGGACUACGGAGCUGAUGUGGUUUACUGCGAGGAGCUGAUUGACAUCAAGAUGGCCCAGUGUCAGAGGGUGGAGAACGAGGUGCUGCAGACGGUGGAUUUCGUCGCUCCAGACGAUCGUGUGAUGUUCAGGACCUGUGAGAGGGAGCGGGACAGAGUCGUCUUCCAGAUGGGGACUGCUGAUCCAGACCGAGCGCUGACCGUGGCCAAACUUGUGGAGAAGGACGUGGCCGCUGUCGAUGUGAACAUGGGCUGUCCGAAGGAAUACUCCACCAAGGGCGGGAUGGGAGCUGCUCUUCUGUCGGACCCUGACAAGAUCGAGGCGAUCCUCAGGAAGCUCGUCGCAGGAGUUUCUGUACCUGUGACGUGUAAAAUCAGAAUCCUGCCUUCGUUGGAGGAAACCAUCAGUCUGGUCCAGAGGAUCCAGAAGACCGGCGUCACUGCUGUCGCUGUCCACGGCAGGUUUAAGGAGGAGCGUCCCAGACAUCCCGUCCACUGUGAUUAUAUUCAGGCUGUCGCUCAGGCUGUUUCCAUCCCCAUCAUCGCCAACGGAGGAUCUCUGGACCUGGUGAAGACCAACACCGACAUCGAGGAGUUCAGGAAGGCGACGGGCGCCUCGUCGGUCAUGUUGGCUCGCGCCGCCAUGUGGAACCCAUCAGUGUUCAGCAGCCAGGGACUACUUCCUGUGGAGACGGUCAUGGAGGAAUACCUCAAAUAUGCGAUCCGGUACGACAACAACGCCUUCAACACAAAGUACUGUCUGUGUCAGAUGCUGAGGGAUAAGGUGGAGUCUCCUCUGGGGAAGCAGGUGCAGGCGGCUCAGACCAACGCUGAGAUCAGCGAGGCGUACGGCCUGCAGGAGUUUUACCAGCAGACCCAGGAUCAGCUGCAGGCGAGGAGGGACGCCCUGCAGAGCGACAGCCAGCCCGACCGACCCGUCAUGGACGGAGACGUCACCACCAUGGCUGUCAAGUUUGAACGGAGGGAGUAUCCACCUCAGAUCACUCCAAAGAUGUUCCUGCUGGAGUGGAGCCGCAAAGAGAAACUGGAGCAGCCGCUGUACGAGACGGUGCAGCGUUCACAGGAUCGAUCCUUCCAGUCGACGGUGACUGUAGCAGAGAAGAAAUACAGAUCUACUCUGUGGGAAAAGUCGAAGAAAUUUGCGGAGCAAGCAGCUGCCAUCGUCUGCCUCCGAGUCCUGGGGAUUCCAGAGGGUCGUAUCGGCGAGGAAGACUCGGGCCUGGUCUGCAAGAGGAAGAGGCAGGGAAGGACGAACGGCGCUGUGGAUGAAGAGAGGUGCAAGAAACGACAUGUAGCCGACAUCCAACAGGAAACUGAAACCUCAGAGACCCUUGUGGUCGCCAACGGAGAUCAUCACAAACCGGACACACCUCCAGCAGAACAACCAUAGAGUUAAGGAUGCGUUUGUCACUUCCUGUCAGGACAGUUUUGAUCAAACAUGAACAUGUUUAGAUAAUCGGCAGCUGCUCAGUUCAGCCUUUUAUGUUUCUGGACAUUUUUUUUUCAUUUAAAACCGUUUUCAUGUGUCCAAACUGGGAUUUGUCCGGUGCACAUUCAGUCUUCCACUGGAUCGGUAUUCUCCGACCUAAAGAAGAGGCCCUGAUGUGGAUUUGCAGCCAGCAGGGGGCGGUGCUGGACUCUCUGAUUAAGGUGCCAUCAUCUCAGAUAUUUGAAUUUUAACCCUAGUGCCUUAAAGAGGAACUUUUUUUUUUUUCAAAUCCUGAUUUUUGGAUGGGCCUUAAACUCAUCAUUCGACGCCUGAUUUCAUCCUUUAGUCUCUGUUUAAAUGAGUUCAACUCUAUUUUAUCGUCAUCGUUCACUUAAACAGAAUUAUGGUGCCACAUGUUUGUGUUUUCACUUCAUCCUCCUCUGUUUUUAGUUUUUAUUUAUGUUUUAUGGUGAGAAAUCUUCCAGAAUCUUCCAAAAUCCUGCAGAAAGUUUUGGUUUUAUUUUCAAGAAUAAGCCAAAUAUUGUCUAAUCUUUUUUAUUUUACACAAAUUUAACUAAAAAGACUAAAAACUAUCAGUGGGUUUAUCCCAUUGAACAAACAGUAAUCUGCAGCUGCAGCCUCAUCACCACAAAUUAUUAAAAACACAUGAAACAGCUGAAGUGUUGCGUUCAGGUGUCAUGCUCCUAUAUUAAAAGGAACAGAGUGAGUUAAUGUAGAUAAAACUAUAAACUCAACACCGGGGCUUGUCCCUGGAUGUAGGUUUAAUAAGUCUUAAAGUCCUGACUUGAACCUGAGAGAUGGAGACACCCGCCACUGACGUCACCAUCGGGCUGGCUAAUGGUGCCUUCAGGGGUGCUGGGAAAUACAGCAUUCACGAUACAGAGCGGAAACCAAUCAAGCUGCUGUGUGGAAACUGGCGUUUAAAUGCAACUCUUGAAAUCUCAAAGGGAUUUAAAAUAAACUGAGCGUUAUUACACCUCACAGACCAGGUUUUGUUGGGGUUUAGUUUUUGUGAUCUUUCAAUGCGUCUCGGUGCCAAAAUAAACCACACCCAUCAAUCAAACGAUGGAAGAUAAA